CCGGUGUUGCGUUCAUGCAAAAUCAAACAAAGACCAACCAAAACGCAACACAACACCCACAUCAUAUCCUUCGUUCCAUUGUUUUUCCCUAACAACCUUCCACACCAAAUCACCAAUCAACUUCCCAAAAAAAGCAACACAAACUAACAAAUGCAAAAAAAUUUAAAAACAAGGGUGAGUUGGAAUAUCAGAUUAACGAACAAAGGGCAAAAGUUUUGUUCUUCCAUGCUUCCGAAUUUGCAGUAGAACAAAGAAAGUUACCAAAUUUUCAAAAGGGUUGAUUCCAAUUUGCUUAAUCGAUCAAAUAUUUUGUGUGUUUACUAGUGGCAUUGUAGAGAGAGAGGGGAUCGUGGAGAUGGAUGCAAAAGAUGGAGCCUCGGAUUUAACUUCCUCAACCAAAAAGAAGUCCAGAAGACCCAAAUAUUCCCAGUUCACACAGCAAGAGCUUCCAGCUUGCAAACCAAUUUUAACACCAGCAUGGGUCAUAUUAAUAUUUGUCGCAAUCGGCAUUGUCUUUUUACCCAUUGGAUUUGCUUCCUUAUUUGCAUCAGAGCACGUGGUGGAAAUCGUCGACCACUAUGAUAGAGAUUGCGUUCCUCCUAAUUAUGUGGAUAAUAAGCUUGCAUAUAUUCAGAGUAGUAAAACUAACAAGACAUGUAUUAGGAGAGUGACUAUUCCGAAGCAAAUGAAAUCUCCCGUUUACAUUUACUACCAGCUUGAUCACUUCUAUCAGAAUCAUCGCCGAUAUGUUAAAAGUAGAAGUGACGGUCAGUUGCGGAGCAAGUCCAAUGAAAAGAAAACAGAUACGUGUGCUCCUGAACGUUAUACAGCAAAUGGUGCAAUUGUUCCGUGUGGUCUUGUUGCAUGGAGUUUGUUUAACGACACAUACAAGUUUUCAGUGAAUAACAAACAACUAGGGGUCAGCAAAAAAGACAUCACAUGGAAAAGUGACCCUAAGAAAAAAUUUGGCUCGGACGUCUAUCCCAAGAAUUUUCAGAGCGGGGGUUUGAUUGGAGGAGCAAAACUGAAUUCUAGCAUACCUCUGAGUGAACAAGAAGAUCUUAUGGUUUGGAUGCGAACUUCAGCAUUGCCAACUUUCAGAAAACUAUAUGGGAAAAUAGAAGCGGACCUUGAAGCCGAUGACAUAGUAACUGUGACAAUAGAGAAUAAUUAUAACACCUACAUCUUUGGUGGCAAUAAGAAGCUGGUACUUUCAACCGCAAGUUGGAUUGGCGGAAAGAAUUGUCUACUAGGCAUAGCAUACCUUACUGUUGGUGGACUGUGUUUGUUCUUGGCUAUAAGCUUCUUACUUCUCUAUCUCUUCAAGCCAAGGUAUGUGAAUGGGUUAGUAGGUCUUACAGUUUGCAAUGAUCAACUAAAACUUUGUUGUCUUCGACAAGGUCCGAUAAUACAAUAA